GUGGAAGAGUCGACUGGGAUUCAGACUGCUGUGUUGAAGGCAAACAGAGGAACUGGGUCCGGGCGCUGCAGUGGCCGCCCAGCACUCUAAUUCCCUUCAGCAUUCUCCCGAUUUAUAACGUGUAGAAAGCUACGAUUUCGGUGUACUCGUCGAUCGAGAAACUAUUGAAACUGGUCGGCGCGAAUCCUAACAUCAGCGCGCGCUUUAGCUAAUGUUGUUGGUUAGCAACUGGUGAAUGUAAUAUGAAUUUCAGGCAACGCAGUCUGAGCUGCAAUGCCAAUCAAGGCAUCGGUGUGACGCUUUCGCUCAGUGAUUACUAGCCAAACUGAGCUGAAUCCUAAUUACCUGGCUGUCAAGAAUCAAUCCUCGAGGGAAGCAAACAUUCUCCCAUGUAGAAUGAGAACACUGUCUAGCUUUACGGAUCUUUUUCUCCGAAUAUCGCGGACGUGAGCAUCAGCUAAUCGGUUAAGACCAGGCGACAUCACCAGCUAGCCUGUUAGCUACCUACUUAGCGGGCUGACUUACCCCAAAACUUUUUUCUACAGGUUUGUUCUUCGCGACUGACUACUCCUUGAUCUGAAAUUCAGAUUAUCCACGUCCACAUGAUCCACCAUCUACAACAGUUUCAUAUUCCUGUAUUUCAUCGGAACAGGGAUCUACUGGAUUUUCUGGCCUAAUCUGAAACCGAGUUUCAGUCUUUCAAGUUAGAUUUUUUUUAAAUUGAACUUAUUAAGCUCUUUCAUUUGAUUUAGUUAUCUAUCAUUUAGAUACCCGAAUUACAGUAUCGACUCCAUUUAUAUUUCACGGUACUCAUGGGAGAAAGAAAACAACAUUAGCAGGCUUGCUAACUAGGUUGAACACUUGGUUAGCCUGCUGCAGUUGUUUGUUACGGUGUACUGGUUAGCUAACUAGUUAGCAAACGGCGCAGAGAAGAAAGGAGUCUGAUUUAUUCAUCCUGAUUUCAAAGGGGGGGGGGGGAAGGAACUUCACGAACAGGGCAAACCAACUAACUAUGACUUGACUAGUCACCGGAUCUCCAGCCUUGCUGUGCAAGCUCGCUAGCGGACUGAAAGUUAGCUGAUCUGGCAGUGGACUUCGGACAGAAAACAAAACCAAUGUCACUUUCGACUGAGUUUUUAAGAGCCGUGAACUCGUAAACAACUCGAAGAUUGAAAUGACAACGCGGACUCCAAUGCUAUCAGUCAUCGAGCAUUCAUCUAACCAGAUUCACUCCGACUCUAAGGCCGGCGUUCGCUCCAACAUGCCCCGCGGCCGCAACUCGCUGGCCACUGCAGCUGACGAGCAGCCGCACAUUGGUAAAUACCGGCUGCUGAAGACCAUCGGGAAGGGAAAUUUCGCAAAGGUCAAACUGGCUCGGCAUGUUCUCACUGGCAAAGAGGUGGCUGUAAAAAUCAUAGACAAGACUCAGCUCAACUCCUCCAGUCUCCAAAAGCUCUUUCGGGAAGUGAGGAUCAUGAAGCUGUUGAAUCACCCAAAUAUUGUGAAAUUGUUUGAGGUGAUAGAAACCGAGAAGACACUUUACCUGGUUAUGGAGUACGCCAGUGGAGGAGAGGUGUUUGAUUACCUCGUUGCCCAUGGCAGAAUGAAAGAGAAAGAAGCCAGAGCCAAAUUCAGACAGAUUGUGUCAGCAGUGCAGUACUGUCACCAGAAGUGCAUCGUUCAUAGAGACCUUAAGGCUGAAAACCUGCUUCUGGAUGCAGACAUGAACAUAAAGAUAGCUGAUUUUGGCUUCAGUAACGAGUUCACUCUGGGCAACAAGCUGGACACAUUUUGUGGCAGCCCUCCGUACGCGGCUCCAGAACUGUUCCAGGGAAAGAAGUACGAUGGGCCUGAAGUGGACGUGUGGAGCUUGGGAGUCAUCCUGUACACACUGGUCAGCGGCUCGCUGCCUUUCGAUGGCCAGAACCUGAAGGAGCUGCGCGAACGCGUGUUAAGAGGGAAGUACCGAAUCCCGUUCUACAUGUCCACAGACUGUGAGAACUUGCUGAAGAAAUUUCUUAUUCUCAACCCCACCAAGCGAGGAAGCCUUGAGCAGAUCAUGACUGACCGCUGGAUGAAUGUGGGCCAUGAGGAGGAGGAGUUGAUGCCUUACAUUGAGCCGCAGCCCGACUACAAGGACCCCAAGAGGACAGGUCAGCACCCCGGCAGUGCAGGGGGUUGGAAGAGAGAUAUCAUGCUACAAAUGGGAUACGCACAAGAUGAGAUACAAGACUCCCUUGUCAACCAGAAGUAUGAUGAAAUCAUGGCUACUUACCUAUUACUGGACUAUAGGAAUUCAGAGCUGGACGAGCUCUCCAUAAAGCCCCGCCCAAGCAUUGACCUCACAAACAAUGCACAAUCACCUUCUCACAAGGUACAACGCAGUACCUCCAACCAGAAGCCGCGCCGAUCCACAGACCAAAGUUUGUCUGUGUCAGUUAAGCGCUCUCAGGGCGACAGUAAGCACAUCGCUGAAGACUACGGGAGGAAAAGCUCAGGCAGCUCCGCUAAAGUUCCUGCAAGCCCGCUGACUACAGCCGAUCGAAAGAAAACCCCGACCCCGUCCACCAACAGCAUACUUUCAACUGGUACGAGUCGUGGGAGAAGCUCUCCAGGUCCUGAGAGAUCUACCCUCGGUGUACAGAAUGGCAAGGACAGCACCGUUCCACAAAGAGUUCCAGUGGUGUCUCCUUCAACCAACAACAUAAGCAACUCCACGGUAGCAGACCGCACCAACUUCCCCAGAGGGGUGACGAGCAGAAGCACUUUCCACGCAGGCCAACAGAGAGCCUCACGCGACCAGCACGCCUCAACCUACAACGGGCCCCCAGCCUCCCCUUCGCUCUCUCACGGGAACAGCCAGGUCCGUCGCACUGGUACUGGCAUCUUCAGCAAAUUCACCUCCAAAUUUGUGCGCAGAAAUCUCUCAUUCAGAUUCCCCAGAAGGAGUCCGUAUGAGGGAGAGGGUCGAGAUGAGGCCAGCAGACCCAUGUUGAGCACUGCAGAAAAGCUGGAGAAAGGCACCCAGGGAUCAGCGGGGGAUGAGAACAGGGACUCUGUGUCAUCCUCCUCUCCUGUGUCCAGCACACCCUCGUCCACCCAGUCCUCCAAGGACAUCAAGCCACGUUCACUGCGCUUCACGUGGAGCAUGAAGACCACUUCGUCCAUGGAGCCCAACGAGAUGAUGAAGGAGAUCCGGAAAGUUCUGGACUCCAACAGCUGCGAUUAUGAGCUGCGCGAGCGCUUCAUGCUGCUCUGCAACUCAGGGAAUCCUUCACGUGAUGACUUCGUUCAGUGGGAGAUGGAGGUGUGCAAGCUGCCCCGCCUCUCCCUCAACGGCGUGCGCUUCAAACGAAUCUCGGGCAGCUCCAUCGCCUUCAAGAACAUCGCCUCCAAGAUUGCCAACGAGCUUAAGCUGUGAGCAUAGAAACAUGAUUUGGGGAUGAAGCUAAUACCGAAUUGUGGCAGAUGUGAGAGCUGUAGCCCAUAUGUGCAUUAGGAGAAGAUGGACAAAGUGGCGCCAUCAGAAGCGUGGACACUGAAGAGUUUAAAGACUGUAAAUGAUGCAGGAUGGUUAGCACAGCUUGGUGGGGAGGCUGGUCUGUGUGUGUGUGUGUGUGUGUGUGUGUGUGUGUGUGUGUGUGUGUGUGUGUGUGUGUGUGUGUAUAGAUGUUUUGAGGGCCACCUUGAAUUUAUUUUUAUUUUUUAUUAUUUUUAGUGGGAGGUGCUUCCUUGGUUUGGGUUUUCUGUCCCUACAUCACCCCCCACCCCACCUGUAUUUUGUUGUCAUCUUUUAUUUGUGGCGAUUUUGUUUUGUUUCCAGUUUUGUGGUUUCUCCUUGCUCCUCAAGUCGUUUUCUGUUUAAACAGUAUAGUGAUGGAGGAAGGACAUUUAUGUAAUUAUUGAACUGAACAGUGUUUGCUGGUGAUUCUUAUACUACAAACUCAAACCAGCAACUGUCUCAACACGCUCUAAUCCCCAGCCCCCCCCCCUUUUACUUGAUUUAUUUUUUUUCUUUUUCUUCCAGUUCCAAAUUACCGUUUUUGAACAGAGGUAGAUUGGUGGUUUUGACACUGAAUGUACAGCACGCUUAGUGAUGGGUAACUGAGACUGAAGUACUACGCACAUUUUAGUAGAGCCAUAGUGAAAUUUGAAUAUUCAUUCAUCUUACUGUGGUUCACAUUCUCAGCCUCCACACUCCCGUGUACAUCACAGUAACGUGUCUUAUCUGAUCUGAAAUGGAAGCGCACACUUGAACCCUUGGUGCUCUGGCGGUGGAUCACCUCUCUGCACUCUAAGUCCAGACAAUUACGUUUUUUCUUUUCACUUCCUGCUGCACGGGUCAUAUGUCAAAAUCUAAUUAAGGGCCAAUUAAGUAAUUAUUGGUGGAUUGUAGUGUAAUUAAGAGUUGCUGGUUGGUUUCAAUGUGCUGCACUGGAAUGAGUCUGUGUUUUUGUUGCCUUUUUUUUCUGGAGAAGAUUAUAUUAUAAGAAUAAAACAGUUGGAUGAU